CCCGCCCCCAGCCUGGCCCAGCAGUGGAGCCUGGAGGAUGAGGAGGAGCAGCAGCGGGAGCGCCGGCGACGCCACCGGAACCUCAGCUCCACGUCUGAGGACGACGACAGGUCGGCCCGGUUCGCCCAGAACCAGAACGGAGGGCGGCCGGCCCCGGACAGGCUGCCCAGCGUGGACGAAACCCAGGUGCCCACAGCACCGCCCGCAUCCCCCCGAGAUGAGGGCGAGGUGCAGGCCAUCCUCAGGACGCGGAGGGAGCGGCGCCAGCGCCGCCGGGUGGAGGCCGCGCAGGCCCCCCUCCGCGAGCGUCUGGAGGCCGAGGAGGGCGGGGACAGCCCGGGCCCUGGGCAGUCCGUCCGGCCGUCCCUCGCACCCACGAAGGAGGUGGCCGCCCCGCCCCGCCGCAGACUGAGCCAGGAGAAGCAGGCGCCCUGGGCCCGGGCGGAGGAGAGCGUGGCCGCCCGAGAGCCGGGGGGCAGGCCGAGCGGGGUCCCGGAGAAGCCCCCGGGCUCCGAGAAGAAGCCCUCCGGCCCGGAGAAGGGGCCGAGCUCCGAGGGGACGCCCGUGUCCGGGAGAAAGUCGGUGCUGGAGAGGAUGGACGUGUGGGAGAAAAGACCCAAUCCAGCCGGAGCCGGCGUCCCCGAGAAGCAGCCCCCCCCAGCGAAGGCGGCAGGCUCGGAGCGGGGACGGGUGUCUGAGAAGGCGUUGAUCUUUGAGAAGUCGCCGGUCGCAGACACAAAGCUGGUCCCCAAGAGGGCUGUGGCCCCGGAGCAGCCCCAGGCCGGGGAGAAGCCUCCACCCGAGGAGCGGCCGAAGCCCAAGGAGAAGCCUCACCCCCGGGAGCAGCCUCAGCCCAAGGAGAAGCCUCAGUCCCAGGAGCGGCCUCGGCCCAAGGAGAAGCCUCAGCCCCAGGAUGAGGACCAGCCGAAGCCCAAGGAGAAGCCUCAGACCCAGGAGCGGCCUCGGCCCAAGGAGAAGCCUCAGCCCCAGGAUGAGGAGCAGCCCCAGGAGCAGCCUCAGCCCGAGGAGAAGCCCCGGGCUCAGGAGCAGCCCCAGGCCCGGGAGCAGCCGGUGGCUGGGAGAAGCCAGAGAGCCAGGGCCCACUGCCGCCUGCCCUCGGCCGAGCCAGGCGGGUGCACCCCUCCGACCGCGGCCUCCCGCCUCCGGCCCAUCACACUCCAGGUGAAAAUUCCCAGCAAGGAGGAGGAGGAAGAGGAUGCCUUCUCGCCCACGGGGGCCACCUACAGCACCUCCCUCCGCAGGUCCAAGCCCCCAGGGACUAUCUCCUUCCGGAUGAGCCCCCGGACCACCAACUCGGAAGCCACCCUCACCCGCAGUGCCAGCAUGAAGCUCCCGGUCAAGUUAGGCGAGAAGCUGGAGAGAUACCACACGGCCAUCCAGAGGGCAGUGUCGGUCAAGUCCCCCGGCUCCUCCCGCACCCAGGUCUUCGUGGCGCCCGUGGGCGUGGCCAGCAGGCGUCACCUCUUCGAGAAGGAGCUGGCAGGCCAGGGCCCCAGCCGAGCGGAGCCCGCCUCCAGCCGCAAGGAGAAUCUGACGCUCUCGGGG